GGAAUAGCUUCGUCGUGUCCUUCAUUAGUCUAUUGACUAUUCAUAUUCGAGUGGAAAUAAAGAAUAACCGGCGUUUGUGUGUAAAGUUCUACGUGCUCAUUAUUAAAAUAAAUUUAUGGACGUCUGCACUGUUGCGAAUUAAUCAAUAUUAUUAUUGCAAUUACAAAUCUGCGCCAUCGAAUGUACACAAAGCCAAUUAAUUGUAUACACUGUAUCCAAGGACAAUACCUAACAGAGUGUGAAAAUAGAAAAAAUUUUUAACAAAAAUCUACACUUUAACAGAAAAAUUAAAGACACCAUAAAAGCCAUGGAUAAAUUCAUUCUGGAAAUUGAACGAUUAAGGCGUGAUAAUGAAAAAUAUAAACAGUCCAUUGAACUUUACAUCCAAGAAAAAUCAGAAAUGAUCGAAAGAUUAAAAACCGUCAAAAACAGAGUUGCGGAGCAAAAUAGUAUAAUUUUAAAAUGCAUGCACGAGGUUGGCUUGCUCAAAAUCGAAAAUAUUGAGUUAAAAGAACAAUUAUCUCGACAAAAAUCACCACAAACGAUAAUGGAAAAUCUAUUGGCAGAAAAUUCUACUGCUAUUGGCAAAGCUAUGAAAGAACUUGGAUUACUCAAAAAGGAAAAUAUUAAUUUAAGGGAAAAGUUAGCCCGCCAAAAAACACGAAUCUUGGGUGGUAAUCCACUAGAAAAAAGGACUCAAACUUUAGAUACUAUUCUCUCACAAAUAGUUUACACGGAUUCCGAGGACGAAGAAAUGUCCCUCGAACUAUCUGUCGAAGACGAGGUCGAAGAUGAAGAUAAUAUUGUAGAAAAAAGGAAGAUCGAGAACAACAAAAAUGUUUUAGCAUAAAAUACACGAUAAAAUCCAAUGAUCACAAAAGGAGUUAUACAAACACAUUAUUGAAGUUUAUGUUUAUAAAAAUUCAAGUGCAAAACAUGU